CCAGCGCAUGUAAACACUCAUGGCUGCCGUCAGCUGACCGAGAGUGGGCUGGCCAGCGAUACAAGUUAGGUUAGAUGGAAAAUUACACCCAUAACUCAGCUCCCAUGCCUAAUUAUGUCGUCUGAGAGUGACCCAGAGGAGUUUUAUGAUGCAUCCGACGUCACUCCGCACCGCCAGACCUGCAGAUUGGAUGAUGGAGUGCCUGGAGAACUAUUCUCCCAAGUUCACCUGCAGACAACAACCCAGGAACAGACUACAGCUUUGGCAAACCUAGCUCUGAAACAUGAUUUGCUUCAGAAUACAGACAGCACAGUUUCUCAGCAAUGCCCUCCUCCAUCUUUGAUGCAGCCUCCUGCUCAGCCUUUCUUGCAUCCUCUCAAAGUAUUUAAUCAGCCUCCUUCAAAGGACUUAGUGAGCUCUGACCAAGCCAAAAGUGAAGGCCUGCCUGCUGGAGUGGAUAAGGAGGAAUGUGUCAGCCUGGGAAGCACAAGUGGAGGGAAGCGGGAUAUGGAGGAGUCCAGCAGCGCCUGCAGUGGCUCGCUGCUUGGAAACCUGGGUGAUGAUGACGAUGACGAUGAUGCUGCCCCUCGAGUCUGGUCAGGGGGAAGACGACGCAUCAAACACCCAGAGGUUCGCCGGCAGAUCCAGACUGAAGAUGACGACCACAUCAAUCUGCCCUCACCACUUGGGAGUCAGUCGUCUUCAGCUGAUGGAAUAUACCCCUCUGGCAGAACCUCUCACCCUUUCCGAGUAGUCGAGCACGACGCUGCCAGUGUUCAGAGCUCUAUAUCACUGGGGAAGGUUGGCAAAAUACUGGGUGGACUAGAAGGACAUAUCAUACAGGAAAGUCAGCAGAGCAAUGAAACUCAGCCAGAAACAAAGUCUAUUGAAUCGUCUCAUUCUGAUCCCUCCAAAGACGUCAGACCAUCAGGAAGUGUGAUGUUGGCUACAGGUGACAUAGCUGGGAUAACCAUGUCUCCAGAACCUGACCUUGUGGCCAGCACAAAAAGCAGCUCAGGCAGUGACAAGUCCAACAGCCUUCCUCGCACAGGACAGGAGUCUCUUCCACCUGAUCUGCCAACACUUGACGUUUCUUCCCAGCCACAGAUAGCAGUGUCCGACGCCUUCCCUGUACAGCACCUGCCCCAUUCUGAACCUUCCAGAAAGGAUGGUGCUCUUGAGUCUUUGCCUGGGGUAUCUACCACUGCACCUACUCCUUCUCUUUUGGAUGAUAUUAGGAGUCAGCCCCGUAUAGGUAUUCAUUACACUAGCAGUUAUGAUUCAGAGGCUGGCAACAUGAGAGCUGCAUCCUACAAAGUUCAUGCUCCAGCUCCAGUGGUUCAGGGUCCCCACCAGUACCCACCAUCAGGCCAAGUGACAAGCGUCCCUGUUGCUCCACCUAGAAAAAAGCGAAGGAACAGGCACAACACUGAUGAUGACACGGCAAGUGUGUCAUCGCUGCCCUCCCCGUCACUCGCCCUCUCGUCUGUGGACGCCAUCAGUAUUGGUCAGUCAUUAGAUUUACGUCAAGCCGUCCGUGGAGAAUACCUUGUUAAGCCCCAGGACUCGGAAAAUGCUAAAGCAGUGGGUCCAACUCCUGAGGAAAUAGCUCGACUGGAAGCUGAGGACAACACUAGUCAGGCUUCAACUCCCGAGGCGUCUAGAGCACCAAGUCGUCUUGCCAGUUCCAGCCAGCAGGCAGCCUCUGCCAGUGAGACGCCCAGCACACCAGGCACCCCGGGGUCCAUCCCCUCAGACACAGCAUCAUCUGAUGUGGCUGCCAGUCCAGCCUCCAGCAACGAAGGUCAAGUGAAGCAGCUCAACUUGAUGGUUCGGACUCGAUCAGACUCUGGAAAAGAGCUUUCUGAUGCGGAAUGGAUAUUGCAGUCUCCUGUUGACUUUGAUGACAUCAUGAGUGACAAAGAGAUCCUGCAGCAGGUGACUGUGCUGAACCUUGACACUGGUGAAAGAAUUGCCCUCAGUGAUGCUGAGAACUGUCUACCCAAGGCCCUCAACCCUCUGUCUCUCCACAUCAUGAGACUCACCAGUGAAUAUGUCAGAGGACGAGCCACAUCAGGAAGACCAAUGUCAGCUGUAGACAGCUGCCUGCAAGCGCUAAGCCCCAGCAGCUCUUGCAGUUCUAAUGUUGAUGGGCCGGAGUCAGAUGAAGAAAGUGUUGUCGAGGUGAGCGUCAAGAAACUUCCUGAUGUGGACAGUUCAGCAGUAAAGAAAAAGACAUCCCAACUGAAGAAAUUCUUGGGUCGAAAAAUGGAGUCUGCCGUGAACAAAGCACGAUCUCUUGCUCAUGAAGUUUCCCACAGACACCGUGAAGAGAAGGACAUUUUUGAGGAUGAUGCGCCAGCCCAUGACACUAUGCACUAUGUCAAGAUCAAAACUGGGCACAAAGGACCUCAUGAAUUUGACAACCUUAUGUAUGUCCAGGAAAUUGCAGGGGAGCACACAGGGCCAAUAUGGUGCACAAAGUUCAGUGGGUGCGGCCGACUGCUGGCCACGGCCGGGCAGGACCACAUGCUGCGGGUGUGGGUGCUCAAACAAGCCUUCAACUACUUUCUGGACAUUCGCACAAAGUGUAAUGCCGACAUCAAGGUAUCACCAACUCCCUCUCAAGAGUCGCUUGUGUCACAACAUUCUGGGCAGUCAGGAGAGGAUCCAGGCUCCCUUGACCCCACAGAUGAUGGAAGUGCACCAUUCAUGCCCAAGCCUUUUUGCGUCUACACAGGACACUCAGCAGACAUGCUGGAUAUCUCCUGGUCCAAGAACUACUUUUUGCUGACCUCCUCAAUGGACAAGACAGUGCGACUGUGGCAUAUCAGCAGGAAGGAAUGUCUUUGUAUAUUUCAGCACAUGGAUUUUGUCACAGCAAUUGCAUUUCAUCCCAAGGAUGAUCGCUACUUCAUAUCUGGUGCACUGGACGGCAAGAUAAGAUUGUGGAGUAUACCAGACAAGAGAGUUGUUCUGUGGAAUGAAGUGGAGUGCCAGCCAAACCUCAUCACAGCUGCAAACUUCUGUCAGAAUGGGAAAUAUACAGUUGUUGGGACGUAUGAUGGCCGAUGUAUAUUUUAUGAAACAGACCAGCUGAAAUACUACACACAGAUUUACGUGAGAUCCACAAGAGGGAAAAAUGCCAAGGGUCAGAAAAUUACUGGAAUAGAACCCUUGCCAGGAGAAGAUAAGAUUCUGAUUACUAGUAAUGACAGCAGAAUACGCUUAUAUGAUCUGAGGGACCUCAACUUGUCCUGCAAGUAUAAAGGGUACUCCAAUACAUCUAGUCAAAUAAGAGCUGGAUUCAGCCAUGAAGGGAAAUAUAUCGUUGCUGGAAGUGAGAAUCAGUGUAUAUACAUAUGGAAGACUCAUCAUGACUGCUCAAAGUUCCCAUCAGCCAGAAGGGACAGGAAUGAAUAUUGGGAAGGAGUCAAAGCUCACAGUGCAGUUGUGACCUGUGCUGUGUUUGCUCCCCAUCCUGAGCUGGUGUUCAGCUUUAUUGAGCAGCAGCAGGAGAUUCUCAACAAGGCCACUCAGCCCCCAGAGGAGCAGCAGCAGCAACAGCAGCAGCAGCAUCAGCAAUCUCAGAAUAAGGAUAGCGGCACCAAUAACAAAGGAUAUGUUCUUGUCUCAGCAGACUUUAAUGGCUGUAUCAAGGUGUUUUUGAAAAAGGAAAAGCCUAAGCAUUCUUCACUGCCAGCCUCAGCUCUGGUGUAGAAAGGUUUACAGCACAGGUGAUGAUCAUAUAUUGCCAAUAAAGGAAAUCAUUUUUAUGCAUUUUUGUUUAUUUGUUUCUUGGUACACGUAGAGGUAUGGAGUAGCCUUAUAUGCAUCAAAGCCAAGGGCAAGAAGCAAUACUGGAAAUAAUGUUGAUGUUUGAUGAUUGAUUAUUGUAUAUGCAAGCUGUGACAGACAGCUACCAUAUAAGUCGUCUUGAUUGAAGAUAAAUGAACUUAAAAUUUUUUAUACUUGACACAAGGUAUUAAUGAUUUCUUUUAACAAAUUGAUACAGAUUUCAGAGUGGUCAUAUGUUACAAAAUAUUUGGCCAUUGGUUGGGAAAUUUUAUUCUUGCUGUGAUAUAGUUCAUAUUUUCAGUGAAUUUGUAUAUACCAUGUACAUUGAGACCCUGACACAUAGUAGGAUUGACAUAAUAAGAUCAGAAUAUAAUGAUGUUUCCAUACCUACUUAAAAUAAACUCAAAAUUAUGGAAUGUGGUGGCCAGCAGCAGCCUCACACCAUGCACAGCCUCUGCUUAUGUGUCAGUCGUGCAGUUGAGUUGAUGUAGUGGAGAGUGAGAGUGGUGGAAGCACCCCACCCGUGAUACAUGUGGGGGCAUAUUCCAGCCAGUAGCAGUAAGCUGAUUUUAGAGUCCGUCUGGAUGAGGUGAAGGCAGCCUUAUUGUUGCUCCAGCAUCCAGGUGAACUACACUGAAGGUGUUUUAUUGAAGCAAUCCAUAUUUUUCAGUUGAAUAAACCACUAUGGGUCAUAGGAUCAUAUUCUGAAACACUUCUGCCCACACUUUGACUUCUUUCAAAAGGCUCUAGUUAAAGUUAUCUGGGUUUUUAAGCGUGUUCUCAUGAUUCUAGUGACAGAUUCUACAUUAUCAACUGAAGAAAUACUCUUGGAAACUUGACUAAUCAUCUCUGAUACCUUUGAAAAUAGUCGUGGUGAGAGAGCCAAGUGUUUCUGAAUAUGGGCCAUAAAGUGCACAAGAAGUUUAUUUCCAUUUUAAAUAAAACAAGGAGUAAUGUAGAGUCAUGACAAAUGCACUAAAAGGAGUGGAUUGAUAUGAAAAUGCCUACUCAGUUCAUUAUUCUAUCAUACUGAAAAUAUAUACUUCUGUUCUAUAUGAGAAGGGCUUGUCCAUACAAAACCUUAUGUUGUAGAGGGAAGUGCAUCUAUACUUUCCUCUGCUACUGUACUACAUUUAUAUAUGGAGAAAGGAGAUAUAUGAGAUGAAUAUAAAAGGCAGAUUAAUUCUACAGCUGAGGGUAAUGAUAAAAGACUUGUAACUCUUGUUUAAAUGUUCAGAGCAAUGUCUGAGGGAUGUAGCCCUUGAUGGUAUAUUUAUGAACUUGAAGGGACUGAAAGGUGUUUAGAAGGCAGGUGUAUUAGAAAAUUACUUGCAUUUGAAGAGUCAGUAAUGAGGUAGAAGUCAAGCAAAGUGUGACCAAAGAUUUUAGGUGCCAUGUGGGGAGAAAUGUAAAGAAUAAAGAUGUAAAGGAUGUGGUUAGUAUUUGAAGAAUUGAUGGGGAAAUGUUAGCCUGAUAUCUGGCAUUGAUGGUGAAAGCAAAGAUGAGAGGAAAUGCAUGGUAGACAGAUAAGGUCAGAGAAGCAGUUAGUCAAAAGAAAGAAAAAUUACAUGUUUGUCCAUAGUUAUGCAGGAAGUCAGUCAGAGUAAAAUUGUAAGGAGUAUGGAAUGUUUAGAAUUGGUUAGGAAGAUCCAGAUAUGAUCCUUACUUUCAUGAGGGUUGGCUUACCACCCUGUUCAUAUUCCUGUCCUGGAGAUGCACUCAGUAUCCUCUACCUGUUCUCAACACUCUGUCCUUUGGCUUAUUCUGAAGUUUUCUCUGUUUUGAGCUCCUGUCAUUGCAUUUUUAUAUUCUGUUCAGUAACUUUUGUGUUGUCCCUGGUCUUGUUGCUUCAGAAGUUUUAUUGAUAUUGUUAUGUCUGCUAACUGAUAGGAUUUGAUAAAGUACUGUAACUGAUGAAGUACUGUUCUCCUUUGCUGUGAAGUAACCUCUCCAUAAAUAUGAAAGAUCUAUCCAUCUGUGUUGAGUGAUCUCUGGCAUGGAGCCAUACAUUCCACACUUACACUAGAAUUCCACAGCUUGCUAUCAUAGUAUCAAAUAGAGAGACAGCUCAUAGAAGGUACCACAACUAUCCAUUUGAAACUGAGACCCUUUAUAUUUCUGUCCAGAAUCAUGCCAGACCUUUUAAUCUCUCAUCCUUGUCCUCCAAACAAUUUCAAAACUUAACCACCUCUCAUUCCUCAGGUUUAGGCCUCCAGCCACAGAUGUCUCCACUAUGUCUCUUCACCAUUGCCUCCUAUUGUCAAUAAAAAUAGCUCCACUGCUAUACUGCUUCUGAUAUUCAUGACAUAGAUUGACAGACAUUGCAUAAUACAAAUAGCAUAAUAGAAACAACAAUGAUGUAUGCAACCAAGAAAUGGACAGAAUCCUGAUGCUUGUUAUCCAAGCAGUAAAAAUGAGAUCUCUGAGAGGUGCUUGCAGUGCAAAGAAUAUAGAGUAAUAAGCAUAUAUGAAACAGUGAGCCUGUCAAGAAAGGUGAAGGUCUGUGGAACAUCUGAGAUGACAAAGUGCAUCAGUAUGACUGUUGUCAGCCGUGGAGCACAGGAAUGGAAUAGGAUAGGUAGAAGGAUACACAGUGUGGAUGUGGGGAGAACACCUCCACUAAAAUCAGAAGUGUUGAAUUACUUUAGAGGAUGAGUGAGGGGAAGGGAAUGUACAGAGAUGAAAAUAGGUGUUGUGUUGUGGUCAUAGUCUUGAGAAAGUUCUGAGGAAGUUGCAUGUGAACAAACAGACUGAUCAAUAUUGAGGUAGAUAAAUGAGCAUGAUGGGUGACUGCAGCAUACUGUAGAUCAAUAAAAGAAAUUCCUUAGU